AGGAAGUAUUUAGUUCUCACCGACGUUUCGUUGGAAGAGAAAGUCCAGGAGAGUUUGGAACAGAUUUGAUCCUCAACUCUCAUCGCCAGCUCCGCAGGAACAAACCCUCUCUCUCUCUCUCUCAACCCGACCAUGACCACCUUCACCAAGGGGCCUGCCUACGGGCUGUCUGCGGAAGUCAAAAACAAGAUUGCGCAGAAGUAUGACCUUCAGAAGGAAGAGGAACUGAGGAGCUGGAUCGAGGAGGUCAGCGGAGAAACCAUCGGCCCCGACUUCCAGAAAGGCCUGAAGGACGGAAUCAUUCUGUGCAAACUUAUCAACAAACUCCAACCGGGCUCAGUGAAAAAGAUCAACUACUCAGCGCUGAACUGGCCUCAGAUGGAGAAUCUGACGAACUUCGUCAAAGCCAUCACUGUGUACAACCUGAAGCCUCAUGACCUCUUCGAGGCCAACGACCUGUUUGAGUGCGGCAACAUGACGCAGGUGCAGACGACGCUGCUCGCACUGGCCGGCAUGGUGAGUCUUAAUAAGAAUGCACUGGGAGGGCCUAUAGGUGUGUGUGUGUGGUUUUUUAAAGUCCACAUUGACAACUGGCUCCACUUUUUUCUCUUCAAGGCCAAAACCAAGGGCUGCACCUCACGGGCGGACAUCGGGGUGAAGUACGCAGACAAGCAGGAGAGGAUGUUUGAUGAGGCGAAGAUGAAGGCUGGACAGUGCGUCAUUGGCCUGCAGAUGGGGACCAACAAGUGUGCCAGUCAGGCAGGUAUGAAUGCAUAUGGCACCAGGAGGCACUUAUACGACCCAAAAGUUCAAAUCCAGCCGCCCAUGGACAACACAACCAUCAGUCUGCAAAUGGGCACCAACAAGGGAGCAAGCCAGGCCGGGAUGACAGCUCCAGGAACGAGGCGUGCCAUUUACGACCACAAGAUGGGCACCGACAAGUGUGACAACAGCACCAUGUCCCUACAGAUGGGCUACAGCCAGGGAGCCAACCAGAGCGGACAGAACUUCGGACUGGGCCGGCAGAUCUGUGACGUAAAGUACUGUCCUAAACCCGGAGAGGUUGCCAGUGAUCAAAACGGGGCAGCGGUCGCCCAGCCCUUCGUCCCGGAAUUCCAAGACGAGGGUUACCAAGGUUACCAGGAAGAGGAGCAGGUGUACCAAGAGGAAGGGACGGACUACUAGGAGGAAGGAGAGAGCCGAGGAAGGGAAAGUGCGAUUGUAUAAAGGAGGCGAGUUGUGCAACAGGACCUCGAGGAAGGUGGUUCAUUUUUUAUAUCAAAAGGAUGCUGCACCUCUUUUGGGUCGUAUCCUUUGAGUAUUGAAUGAAAUGGUCUUCUUAGCAUUUUGGAAGACCAGCGUCACACAUAUCAUGAUGAACUGUAUUUCUGUGGGGUUUGUUUUUAAAAUGUUUUAUUUUAUUUAAAGUGACCACAGAAGCCAAUCUUCUUGGCCAAGCUAGUUUUCUAUCCCAGGGAUUUUUUAAUAUGCGAUAGCCCCACCUUCCCUUUGUUGCUAUGGUAUUUGUCGACUCAUUAGUUGCAUCAAGGGAGAUCUCGUGGGGGUUUUGUUAAGGGCAAUAUGAAACUAAAAGUGAAAUAUUAUUGAUAUUUCUUUUUCUUCUUAAAACUGAUAUUCGAUCAAACCACCAUGUAUGUGCUUAUUUUUAAGAACUGUUACAUCUGUAAACAUCAGCUUAUUUGUGUAAUAAUGAAAAUGACCAUUAAUAUGUAUGAGCUACUUCUUCAGUAUCUUCAUCCCUUCAGUAUUGAUCAUUGACAGUAGUAAACAGUUAUGGUUGUCCAGACGGACAAGGGACCAAAAUAUUUUUAACAAACCAGUUUUAUCAUCUUAUAAUGUGUCUCCUUCUCUCACUGAUUUCAAUGUUUAUUUCUUUAAUGGAGGAAAUAUUUCCUCUGUUUGCAUAACCAGUGGGACUGGAGCUGAGCUUGUUUCUUUUGGAUGGAGUCGAUGCAGUGGGGGAGUAGAUCAAAUAAUACUCCAGUGAAGUUUUGAACAUUCCAAGCAAGAGUGUUUAAAAUCAUUUUUGACUAUUGGUUGAUAUGCAAACCAAUCAUGAUUUAUAUUUGAUUGUUAUUUGUGAUUUAAAUGGGGGGGAUUUAUUUUGGGGGUCGACCUUGACUCCGAGUAACAUUUUGUAUUGGACUUUGCUUUUUCCUCUGGAAUUACUUUUAUGCCCGUGGAAAAACACCAUGUUUGAAUUGAGAACAAUGUUGAAUAUGUGAAUACAGUGUAAUAAAAUGUGUGUAUUCAUUA